GCGUCUCCAUGGUGACGGGGCUGUUCCUGGGGAGGCUGUGAUGGGUUGACAGGUGCGUGACAGUCGGAGCUCUCUGCAGGCAUGUACGGCAAAGGCAAGAGCAACAGCAGCGUCCCGUCCGACAGCCAGGCCAGGGAGAAACUAGCACUGUAUGUAUAUGAGUAUCUGCUCCAUGUAGGAGCACAGAAAUCAGCCCAGACAUUUCUAUCAGAGAUAAGAUGGGAAAAAAACAUCACACUGGGGGAGCCCCCAGGAUUCUUGCAUUCUUGGUGGUGUGUAUUCUGGGAUCUCUACUGUGCAGCUCCAGAAAGACGAGAAACAUGUGAACAUUCAAGUGAAGCAAAAGCCUUCCAUGACUAUAGUGCUGCAGCAGCUCCCAGUCCAGUGCUAGGAAACAUUCCCCCAGGAGAUGGCAUGCCAGUAGGUCCUGUACCACCGGGUUUUUUUCAGCCUUUCAUGUCCCCUCGGUACCCUGGAGGUCCAAGGCCACCUUUAAGAAUACCCAAUCAGGCACUCGGAGGUGUCCCAGGAAGUCAGCCAUUAUUGCCUAGUGGGAUGGACCCAACACGGCAGCAAGGGCAUCCAAACAUGGGUGGGCCAAUGCAGAGAAUGACUCCUCCAAGAGGGAUGGUUCCAUUAGGACCACAGUCUGACCCUUGGUUAUCAUUGCAGAACUAUGGAGGUGCAAUGAGACCCCCACUGAAUGCUUUAGGUGGCCCGGGGAUGCCUGGAAUGAACAUGGGUCCCGGGGGUGGUAGACCUUGGCCAAACCCAACCAAUGCCAAUUCUAUACCUUACUCUUCAGCAUCUCCUGGGAACUAUGUAGGUCCUCCAGGAGGUGGAGGGCCACCAGGAACACCUAUCAUGCCUAGUCCUGCAGAUUCAACCAACUCUGGAGACAACAUGUACACUUUAAUGAAUGCAGUACCACCUGGACCCAACAGACCUAAUUUUCCAAUGGGGCCUGGGUCAGAUGGACCUAUGAGUGGACUGGGUGGAAUGGAUUCACAUCAUAUGAAUGGAUCAUUAGGCUCAGGAGACAUGGACAGUAUUUCCAAAAAUUCUCCCAGUAAUAUGAGCAUGAGUAAUCAGCCUGGCACUCCCAGAGAUGAUGGUGAGAUGGGUGGAAACUUCCUAAACCCUUUUCAGAGUGAGAGCUACUCCCCUAGCAUGACAAUGAGUGUGUGAUCCGUUAACAAGUCUCGCCAUGAAGACCACAAUGAGUUGGCCCUCUUCAGAGAGCUACUGCAGAAGAAAAUUAUUCAUCCCAGUGUACAGUUUAACAAAAGGAUCUCAGACACAAUCAGACCCACCAUUUCUUUUUUUCUAUCAUCUCCCCUGUUUUGUCAAGAAAGUGGGUCCCAAACAUGAUUGAGACAACUAUAAAAAGUGGCGUAACAGAACUGCCCAAGAUGGAACUGCAAACAAUUGUCUGUGUAUGUACAUGUGUGGGUUAAUGUAUAUGUAUGUGUGUGUGAUAUAGAAAUACACACAUACAUAUAUAGACCCACAGGACAUUGUAAAAUAUUAUCACAUGACAUCUUAAGUAGAAAUGAGAAGUAGGGACUUUUAUUCCAUCUUUUUUUUUUUUUUUCACGUUUACAUUUUAAUUAUUAAAAUUUGCUUUCCCUCUUCCCUCUUGAACUGUUUUAUGUUGCAUAUAUCACUGCUUUAUAAGUUAUUUUUUAAGGUGAACUCAAAUGAUAAAUUCUUCUGAUUUUAUAAAUGUCUGCCAUUAUGGAUAGGAAUAAAAUUGCUUGUAAGAGCUUUCAUUAACUUGUGUUUGAUACCAGUUACCCUGUGAAUCACAAACUUUACUGUCUCAAGAAAUAGAAGAAAGCUCAUCUUAAUUUUUUGGAGAAAUUUAAUAAUUUUCACCUACUUUGGUGAUUUUUUUUUUAUACUUCACCUUUAAAAAAAAAGAAGCACUGAAGGUUAUUUUUCUUCUUUAAUUGAAGCCUAAUAUCUGCAAUAUCUAUUUUAAAUGGAAGCCUGAAUUUGAUACAAGCUUCUCAGUUUAUAUAGAGUACUAUAAGGUUACUGUAAGUGAGCUCCAAUUGCUAUAGAAUCUAGCAAUAAAGUGUCAGGGCUUCUUCUGCCCUUGGAAAUGAGUUUUCUGUUUAGCAUGAUUUUCCGUAGGGGUAGUUAGUGGAAAUACAGUAGAAUCCUUACCACCUUUUCUAAUAAUUUACUAUUAUGUAUGCUUGCCAUUUUCAGUAAUUCUCAGCUGAAUCAUAACAAUCCAUGGUCCCAAUUAUAAACAGUGUUUCCCAAGCUCAUUGAGAAAAUCAGGUCACCCUGCUACUUGGUUGUGUAUUUUUCACCAGGUCUACCAGAAUGAAUACCCACAAAACUUUCCAGUAAGCAGUCUUUUUUUAAGCCAAAACAAUGGAGUAAACUUUUUAGGACUACUAAACUUGUGAGGGUCUUACCUUCGCCAUGAACAGAAGAGGAACAAAGAUCUGGGCCAUUUUAUAAGAUCAGCCUGUUAGACAUGAAAACUGGGGACAGAAUGAAGAAAAGGCAUAAGGUCUUAGAGAAAAUGCUUCUGUAAGCAAUUCUGUGUCUCUUCAGGCAAAGGUCUAAAACUAUUAUGGUACAUUUAGUUCCUAAUGACUUUCAGCUCCCCCAAGAAAACAAGUUUUCAGUUGUGUAGUAAUCAAAGGGUUGAUGAUCAACAAUGUGGGCACAAAGUGACUGAACAAAAGUUCACGCCACAGGAAAAAAACAAAGUCCCCUCAUUGGACUUUGCGUAUAGAAGAGCCACUUACAUAGAAGGAGCAGUUCUGAGAUGUGGUAUGUGCAUGAAGUCUUACAAGGAGGUUUUUUUCAUGAACUUGAGAUAAAGAAGCGUAUGUAAUGGGCUCGUUGUGAUGGUAGCUGCACAUUAUGAGAUGGAUAAGGAAUAGUAAAAUCUCUUGGCUCAUUUUUAUUUACAUGUAUUAUAUAUAUGUAAUAUUUCAUAUAUAAUAUAUGAAAAUAAAAAGGUGUAACACUUUUAACUCUCUUGUUAGGGCUAUUCAAAGAUUAAACUCUGGGAGGCUUAAAACUGUGUUAAAAUAUCAAAGCUUUUGGUAUUAUUACUUUUUAGUAAUAAUAACUACUUCGAUUAGUUAUAAACAUCCACUAGGUAGUCAUUGUAUGGUUUGUGGACUUUAUUCCCAGUGCUUGUAAAGGUUACAUUCAUUUGCUUAUCUUUGGAAAACACUUUGUGGCUGUCUCAAAAGAUGCAAGAAGCCCCUACUAUUGACUUGAGUUACAAAAACGCAAAAUCAGAUCUAAUUUCCUCAGACCCUUUGCUGUUGUCACUAAUACCACUGGUUUCAGUGGCUAUGUCCCCCGUGCACCCCAUUUGCUCCCAUAAGCACAGCAGAGUGCGGGUGUUCUUGCAGCCUGCAUUUGAAUCUAUAUUAUCCUUGGCAGACUUCUAAGAAGGACAUUAGGACUCUUUUAUGCCCAGAUUCAGCCAGAUGAUGUCACUGCGACUGGACUAAGAUAGAUAUGGGCUUGUCUGCCUUAUGCAUCAAGUGCCAAAGCCCAUUCACGCACCAGAUAAGUGUGCCCUCGAGCGAGCUGUUGAACCGCUGGGUGCCCCCGGGGUCUGUUCUUCAUCUCCAGGGGAGCCCCUCCGCUGUCCCAGCCAAGCGGGGCUCCCGCAGGCAAGUCCAGCGGGCAUCCCUGAGGGCUCUCCUACAAGACAAGAGUGUGUGCUGCUGCUGAAGCUUCCUGCUGUGGCAAAAUUAAGCAGAAUCGGGGCUUCGUAUUAAUCAGAGGCUUGAUUAGGUUUUUUUUUUUUUCCUUUCUGAAUUUGGCAUUAUCUGCAAUAUUUUAGUUUAUAGGUACCUGUUAAGGAUGAGAGUCUCACCAUUAAAUUAAACCUGUGCAAAGACAGCCCUUGAAUGAAACUGUCAACACAUAUUGAAUAUCAUUAUCAAAAUAUGUUAUCCUAAUUUAUAUACAAGAGCAUAACAUCCUUUCAGGCGCAUAACUUCUGUAGUCCUUUCAAACUCCCUUCUAUACAAUUUUUCUUACUGCCAGCAUAUCUUUGUUUCUCCUUUCCAUUUGUUUUCCAAAACGUUUAUCUUAUUAAACAUUGUUGUGCUGAUCCUGCAACAUUAAUAUCUGUAAAUAUAUUCCUGGCUUCAAAACGAGCAGGAUCAGGCCCUGAUUCCUGUAGCCUGUCUUUCUGUGCCCUGAUCUUGCAAGUUACUAGGUAUGUUCAGCAUUUCUCAUACCUACAUAGCCCCACAGACAGCUGGAAUAAAACAUGUGCAAGCUUGCAAAAUUUUAGAUCUGGAAGAUCUGCUUGAAUACUCACUGCAUAUCUUACUAUUAGAAUUUUAAUCAGAUAUAAGGAAACCUAAUCAUCUUGCUUUCUGUAGGGAAUGCUUCCAUCCCUGUGCUUACAUACAUGAGUAAAGUUACUUACAAAUGCAUUGGUAAGAUCAGGUGAUAAUAACCAUACAUAGGUUCUGCAGCUGAACCAUUAGAAAACAAUCUUAUGUGCUAAAUACUCAGCUUUAAAAUCAUAAGUAUCCUUUUGUGUUGUUUUCUUUAAAAAUAUGCGUAGAGCUUUUUGCUUGUUCAUUGGCUUUCUUUCCUUUGCUUAUAAAUCCUUUUAGGAUUUUCAUCAUAUCUAGAGUAUUAAUGUGAAAAAAAAGACUAUCUCCAAGCACUGACUUUUCACUCCUACUUAUGUUUCUAAUGCACUAGAUGCCAGUGUGUAAUGGAACUGCUGUUUGUAUCUGUCCUUAUGCAACAGCACUAUCGAUAAUGUCAGAACUUGUCUGGCUCUGGGAGGAAUUUUAUUUUAAGUGGUGCAGGAUAUUUUUUCCACACUGGGUUUUCAGAUACAUUUCUCUCUUUAAUAUAGAAAUAAAUGGAUCGUGAUUCCCUAAAUGGGUCUUUCAGAUAUGGUUAAAGUAAGGCUUUUCAAAAACAGUACCAGAAACAGGGAGUAGUGGAACUCUCAUACUGUGAGAACUCUGCCAAAUAUUCUGGCCUUGCAGAAAUCAGCUGAAAUUGGGAUUCACUUGUGAUUUUUCACAGUGAAACCAGUAUUUUACCUGCUGCUUAAACCUAUGAAAAGAAGUAUUUGUACCCAUAUUUUAUCUCCAUGUCUAAGACUUGUAUAAGCACAAACAUGGUUUAGGACAAGGAGGAAGCUGUGUAAGUCACAUGUAAAGCAUGUGGCCUGAUGUGUGCAUUUAAAAAGUACCUGGAUAUUUGCAUCUAUGGGUUGCAUUAUUUUCUUAAUUGCUUGAGCAUAAGGAAGAACUGUAGUUGCACUGUGUAUUCCCCCCUCCACUGUAGAGUGAGUUUGUUGCAUGUAAAAAACAUGGCAAUAACCUCGAGUGGAGACUUUGCCUCACCAUGUGCUGCCCAGUGACAUAAAUGUGUCUUGGCUUGACUCGGAGGCAUCUCAUUGUGACAGUCCCCAGAUCGGACGGUCGCCCAUCAGCCUGUCUCUGAGGCCACAUUUGCCAUUUUUUAUUUGGAAGCCUUCUGGUUGCUGAGCCCAGACCACCAAUGGGUCACGUAUUCAGACACAACUUUCAGAUUUACCAGCCUGCUCCCCUUAAUAUAGGAUUAAAUGCCCCAUGUCCCAGAACAUCCAGCUGUUGGGAAUAUGCAAUGAGAAAUAUGUGAGCUAAUUAUUUAUUUUAAGUAGUUCAGAUUGGGAGGAAGUGAGUACAGUCUUCUUUAUGGAUAGCAGUUCAUGCAUUAGAAAGACAGCUUCUUGAACUGGCUAAAAAUCAUUUUAAUUUUCCCCUGUUCUGUGGUUAGCAAAUGAAAUACUGCAUGUAAAGAUGAUUUGGAGUUAGAUGGGUAAUUCAUUGAGAGACCAUCUGCUACAAUAUUCAGUGUUGAACAUUUUGUUCUUUUUUCCCUUUACUAGUCAAAGUGAAUUUUGAGCUGAUACAUGUUUCACCAAUUUCUAUUUCUCAGGUUAGUUAGUUAACUUUAAAUGUUAUCUUCUGUUCCUAAUCAGCUCUGAUACUUUGUGAUUGUUGUGGUUGCUAAAUAUGGACAGGGUUCUUCAAGAUUUGACCCCACAAAUAUGCAUUUGGAGAAUGUAAAAUAGAACUUAACAAUGUAAAAGAAAAGAUCAGUACAGGUAAAUUUAUUUUUCUUUACUUCAUUGUAAAUUAUAAUAUAACCAAGGCUCCUGUCCCAAACAUGCUUGGGUUUGGUUAGGCCCUAAGGAUGGGAAUCCUGACAAAGCACAUCUUUCAAAUAAACCCCAAAAAACUAUUUCAACAGUGACAGCUCAUUUCUCUUCUAACUGAUCACACCAAGGAUCUAAUUCGGGAUUUAAUGAUACAAAACAACUAUAAAAAUUCAGUACACUCAGAUAAAUGAGUUAGAUUUAAAUUUUAGUGUGUGCAGCUUCCUCUACUUUCCAGACAUUAUUGGCUCAGUCCUGUAAGCUGCUGCUGCUCAUGCCACUUGUCCUUCUCAAACUUUGAUAAAACCACUCAAAUAAGAUCAUUUUUUUUUGUAGGAUUUCACCCUGAUUUGUGUGAAAUAUAUCAUUGAUUUGGCAGAUAUAUAAAUCGAGUAAGUAGAGCAAAAUACAGAGGGUCUGAUGAAAUUACCAAAAUGAUGUUUCAACCUGAAAAACAAAAAAAAAAGUCCUUAGGUAAAAUACUGCUUUGAAUGCAUGCAUGCAAAUUGUUUGUCAGUGUUGUUAUCUUGGAAACAAAUUACAGUAACUAAUUUAGAGAAAAUAAUUGAUCAUCUACUCAGCACAUUAAAACUCUGAUCCUGCAAAUACAUUCAGAUUUGUUUGAAAUUAAGCCAGCAUGUAGUUAAUUUUAAACAGAUUUAAGAAUACAAGUAGUAUCAUUCCAGAAACUGGGACUGCUAAUAUGCUAAAACCAUGCUUGAGCAUGGACAGUCUAGAAGCUCAAAUUAAGUCUUCCCUAAACAGACAUUAUUUUAAAAAUUUUACCAGUGCAGGAAUAUGUUUAUGUAUCUAGUAUUGAUAUGCAGAACAGAUUUGGCUUUCUUCUGUUUCUUAUUUUAUUAGACCAUUGUUCACUAUUACAUGAAGUAUUUUUGUGAACUUGUCCUUCCAUCUUGUUUUCAAUUGUGCAGCCAUAGUUUCCCUCAACAUAGCUAACAGCUUUGCAAUUUUAGUCCAAACUUACGUUUGGUCGCUGUUCUCCAUUUAAGCUUGAAUUGUGUAAGAAAGCCUCUCAUGUAAUGGGAAAACUUGCCAUAAAAAUGUAUAAAGGUUUUAAUGGGUACAUGUUCUAACAUUUAAUAAAAAUGCAAUUUUCAGUUAUAAUUUGAAAUGGUCACUUUCUAGCCACUCUUUAAUUUCACUGUGCAAAAGAAAUUGAGAAAACAAAUUACCUUAUUUAUUUAUUUAUUUUAAUUCAGCAUCAUAAAUAUUUGCUGAAAUGUAUGAUUUUGGGGAGAUCAAAUCAAAACAAGAUUUACUAUGUAGUUGUUAUGAAUAAUACAGCUGGACUUUAUGUUGAAAGCUCCUUCCACAUCCCCCAAAGUGGAUUACCUAACAUCUGAUAUGUAUGAUUUUGUAAGAGCCUAACUCACAAGUAGUCAUUUCGUUUGUCUACUCCAUGUUUUCACUGUAUCUUGUGGAUGAUUCAGUGUGCCCCUUAACUGUGCAGGGUUCUGUGGUUGUAUCUCUCAGAAGAGUAACUGAGUGGUCAAACAGGCUUGUUCACAGGGUCUGGUAAUUAAGGAUUGGAUAAUAUAUCCACCAGGUGUGCGCUCAGAAACACGGUAUUUGUACGCUACCUCGCUGUUCUCUUGAGAACUUGUACAAUUCUUGCAGUUAGGUCUGGGGCUCCCUUAAGAUUUUACAAUGCCUGGACAAGAUGCUUAAUUUUGCUAAGAGAAAAUUCUGGCAGUUUAAGCACCAGUUUUCAUAGAGAAUCAGCACAAAACAUGGGGAUUUUGCAAGGUGAUGCAUUUUCGCAAUACCCUGGCUAUACGAGGAAAUAGACCAUACAAUUUAGAAGUUUGGUCUGUUACAGAGAUAUAUACAGUUCCUCAGAUUAGGAGGGAAUUUUAACAAUAACUGUGACCAAACCUAUAUUUGUCCCUAUAGAGUGAAAUCAUCAGUAAUCGCUUCUGAUGUGAAGUUUUAUUGCUAUGGAACAAGUGCUCCGAUCCUUGAGGAGCCAUAUUAUCAACUGGAUGAACUGGAUAUUUGUUGGCUUUAUUUUUGUUGUUUAACCUUCAUGGUUUUUUCUCUCUCAUCUGGAUUUUCCCAUUAAAUGUAUUGUGUCAGAUCUUUGCACAAAAAUAAGAACAAUUUGCCCAAUAAACAUACAGAAAGUUGUUCACAUCUGUAACUAGAGCCCUACUAUAGAAUGUUUAUUUCAUUAGUGACACUGAGUGUAACAACAAAUAAGUGGCAGUGCAAUAUCCUGCAAGUUCUCACUGACAAGGUUAGGAAAGUUAGCAUCUCACAGACUCAUUCGCACAGUAGAUGAGAUGAUUUCUAACAAUGAUAUAAAAUAGCUUGAAACAAAAGCUGAUGUUUGCCAUGCAGACUGGAGGAAAAUAAAAUCCAAAUAGAGCGUAUUUAAUUGAAGUAGAAAUUUACUAAACCUAUAAUUUACUAGAAAAGUUUGAAAAGUAUGUUACUGAUAACAAGCUUGUUGGCAGCAAAACUGUUAGGUAGGAUUCAGUAGCUGCAGUCUUUUUUAAUGCAGAGGUGCAUGCUGCAGAGUCUGUAAUCCCCCGCAGAGAGGUUGUGUUUCUUGAUCUUGACAGGUUGUGGACCAGGGACUACGAUAUCCAUGGGCUGCACCUUUUGUUACAGAUGAGCAAAGUGCAGGUGCCCUUCCAGCAGAUGUCAAAGUCCUUCUCUAACAGGAGCACAGAGCACAUCCAACAGUUUAGCGGGAAAGAAAAGCAGUGUUUGCUAAAUUGCUAUCUAUAAAUAUGAUCUUCAAAAGCAGGUAUAAGCUGUUCCCCAGUCUAUUUUCAUAUUUCUGAUUAACUCCUAGUUUUGAUUUGAUUUAGAUUAAUGGUUAAGAAAGAGAAUAUAAAUUCCUAACCUGGGGCUGAAGUAGAAGAUGGAGCUUUCUGUUAGUUGAGAAUCAAGUAAAUUCUUUUUUCUUUUUUGUUUAGGACGAAAAGCAUUCAUACAGUAAACUUUUUUGCCUGCUAGUGGCUAUUUGCGAAGUGUAAAUCAAAAUGCUGCAUAUGCUUUGAGAUCAAUUUUGAGGGCUUUUAUUUUGGUGAUAAGUGUCCCCUUGCAAAAAUGUUGCAGUUCAUCUAUUUUGUGCAUGUUUGCCUAAAACAACAAAAACAAAUCAAUUUUUUUUCUGGAUUGCUGUACACGCAUCUAGCAAACACUUGUUUCUGGUGAGGAGAGGAGGAAGAUUUGAUAGCUGGUGCGUUACCAUAUCUAUGUGAAAUACUUAAAGCAUUGGUAAACUUGUCAACUUUGUUCACAUUGCACAAGAUACUUGUGUAGUCUACUGCUGGCAUUAUAAUCUCAGUGAUCCAUGCAUAUUCUGUAAAUUCCUGUAGGUUUUGUGUAAGAAACCUUGUCACCAUUGCUUACUACUGUAAAUUCUUGUCUUGAAGCAAGAGGUGGCUUUUGAUUGUAGAGCUAUGUGUAUUAUAUACUACAACAGUACUUGUUCUGUCCUCAAAACUUGCUGUUCACAUAUAGUUAAAGCUUUGUUAAGCACGCUUAGGGGUUUCAGAAUUUAUUUCAAACAACAGAUACAUAAGCCCUCUGCAGGAAUAUUAACUGUAAGAGAAUUCAACCCAGUUCAUACCCUUCUGGGGAGCUUGGGGUUGGAUUUGAGCAGGCAACAGGCCGCUGCAGUUUAGCACGUCUCGUGGCUCCGCGCCGGGUUCGCAGCGUACGCCGUCCCACUGCAGGCGCCUGCAGGCCCGAGGGGUCGGACCCUGUGCAGGGAACAGGAGGGAAAGUCUCUCCUCUUGCUGCCCCCCAGCCAACACACCACAGCAGACUGUCGCAGGGAGACCCGCCAGCCUGCAGGUUUUCUUGCAGUAUGUGAGCAAAGACAUUUUCGCUUUUCCUCUGGUGUCAUUUGUUUUUUUUUUCCCAAAAAUGUCCGCAUCGGUGCCAGGGCAGAAACCCAUCUCUAAGGGUAUGCAGGGGGUAGAGCGCUGCCUCUGUAUUGUGUCCUCGUCCCCAGCUACCACAGGCUUCAUGUGAGACAGUGCUUUAAGGAGAAUUUAAUUAUUUGUCUGUUUAUUGAGACAGAAAAGUAAUCUGAAUUAUUGAACUCCAGAUUCUUUUUUAAUUAGUAUUUUACGAUACACAACAAAGACCUGAAAAUGUAUGUGUGUUCUUUGCUGGUUUCUGACGUCAGAAAUUUAAAUCCUAUCUAGACUGAAAGACAAUGAUGGGAAAAGUGAAAAAGCUGGGAAAGUUGAAGUGUAUUCUCACUUGGAUUAUUUUAAAUUCUGUGUUUUAUUUGUUUUUAAUGAUAGUUUAAAUGUCUAGGUUAAUCUUUGGAAUAAAGGCAGUCUUUGCUAGUGACCUUGCACCUUCACCCCUUCACGUAAAACUUUGAGUACUUGCAAUAAAUGUUCCUCACACUUCCAAGCCAAUCUGUAGAUAAGUUCCCUAUAUUUCUAAGGUUAAAAAAAAAAAAAAAAAAAAUGUUUCUACAGAUUGCUUCAGCCCUUUGCAAAGAACAACAGGGUAAUCCCAGUCCCUUAUUCCCAAGUAUCUGCAGGUCACAUAUUUAAACAAUUAAGCAAGUGUGUUUUAGACAAAGGAUGACUUUGAACAUUAUAAAUGAACCCAAUGUUCAAACUCCACUCUUUGGAAGUAAAGAAAACCUCAGUAAUUUUCCAAACCAGCAAGAAUUAAAUUUGUGCAUAUAAAUAUUAUUGUAGAAAAUACCUGCCAAACUUGAUAUUGCCUCUGACCUUAAGCAUUAAUGUUGAUAAUAUUGGGGAUCUCACAAAAGUUGUGUAUUUCAGAACAGCUGUAUUUCUCCUCAGUGUGUGCUUCAUCUUCAUUACUGAUGCUACCACAAAGACCCCAUCCAUGCCAUACUGAAAGAGUUCAAAAGCAUGGUGAUACAGAAUUCCCACAGCAUCAUAAAUACGUGGACAUGUGUGAGUGUUGUGUUGAGUCAUCACUCCAACUGCAAGCUUCUCCUUGUGUGUAACUUUAAAAAGCAGCCUCUGGGAUGGUUUCAGAAGGGCGGUAGUCUGUGCUGAUGAGAGAUCCAGCAUACUGCCUGCCAGUGAUCCUUUUCCAAAUGCUUUAGGAUCUUGCUUUAGGGGAUCAUAACCAUCCCAGCUGCAGCCCUUGGGAGGAGUUGUACCACAGAUACAUCUUUGUUUGAAGCCCUUAGACUGUGUCAGAAAACAGACCUGCCCCUGAAGGCUUCCCUUCUUUCAAAAUCCUUUUUGAAACAUACAGCUGUUUUCCACAGCUGUUGGAAGUGCUGAGAGGUUUGGAGGUGUUGGCUCUGUUGUACCAAAAUACAACCCUCUGUGCAUUUGUCUGUUGCAAGAGCCUCCCCUCAGAGAAUGCCUCUGACAGCUGGUGUAGCACAGCUGUGGGAAUCCAGUGUUUGGAGAAGCCGCCUUGUCUAAGGACCAAACAAAGGAAACAUGGUCAUAAAAUCAAGCCUCACUGUUUUAUCUUUAAAAAAUUCCUUGCAAGACUGGGGAGCUGUGAAGACACGGAUUGUGUGGGUCACUGACCACAAAGCGUACCUGGGUUGGAGCCUCAGACAAGGCUUUUGCAGACCUUGUUUUGUAAUGGUAGUACUGUACCACCAUAUCAGACUUGUUUCUGCUCCAUGCUGUGUCCUGAUUCAUCCUACUCUAAUUUUAGCUGCCUAAAAAUUACCAGCCCAGGUCUUUUCUGUAAGUCAGAGGAGGGACAGAAGUGGAAGAUUGUUCUAUGGCAUCACUUGCCCUCUCCACUGAUGAAUCCUUCAUGCUUUUAAAGGCCUACAGUUAGGUGGAAUGAAUCCAACGGUUUUUAUUUAGUUUCACAUCCCUGUACACAAAAGUGUAUUUAUUUGAGCCUGGUAUGAGCGAGAAUAAUGCAGCUCCUAAGAACCUGAAUCUGAGUGGCUUCCAGAUGAGUUUCUGAAUCCUUCAAUCUCAAACAUGAGAUUUCUGCUCUGUAGUUGCUAUUUUCUUCAUCUUUACUUCCUUCUUUAUAAACAGGUGUAAUUUUAAUUAACUUGUUUGAACAUUUGUAGGUUCACACCAGCGUAGAAAUCCUCACCUUUAUUUGUUAAGCAGGCUCGUUUGCUCUUUGCCUGCACUGAUUAAUUCAUUGAAAGCAACACAUGGAGAAACCGUUGCAUAGGUGAAUCAGCACCAGCAAUAGCAUAUGCUGCUUUUAGAUUCAGCUGUGAGGUUGUAACUAAGAUAUUAAUAAUGUUCAUACUUUCUAGGGAUGGCUAAGGAUUCCUUUCCUGAGAGCUUUAAAUAAUAAAUCUAGGAGCUCCUAAUUUAGGAUUGUGAAGAUACAGGUAGUAAUGCCAGUUUAUGGUUUGGUUUUUGUUUUGUUUUUCUUUGGUUUUUAACUUGAAGAAAAUGUACGUGAUUUCACAUGCUGGUUGAAGAUGAGGAAAGUAUCUGGUUUCAGAUAGACCAGACCUUUGCAGACAGCGUUGCUGUGGAUUAGGAAAGCCCAUUUAUAGCAGGUUCUAUCUCAGGCUUGAACCAUACACCUACCUUAUCCCAGUUCAACUUGAUAUCCUUCUUCAUCAGCUGCUGGUACAAAAUCAUAACAGCAGUUGUACCAAUUCUUGUAGUGAGCCGAGGAACAGCUGAAAUUUAGAAGUGCAAAUGUUGUAAUGUGCACUUUUUCACUUUCAUGAAGUGUCCACAUUCUCACAGCUGGGCCUGAGACAGCAGCUGCCUGUUCAUCACACCAAAGCGGUUGUCAUUUUUUUGUGAUCUUAACAGGAGCAGUAUUGAUACAUCUGCUUUAUUUCCCGAGUUGCGAGUCAUCCAGUGUUGAAAAUGGUAUGCACCUCGUGUGUAGCUAUGAAUAGAAAAAUUGAGACUUUUUUUUUUUUAUGAUUUGCUAGUACAAUCACUGCUCUGCUGUCCAAUAUUUUGAGUGCCAAACUGAACCCAAAUGUUAUCUUCACAGAUUAUCUUAGCCUCAUCUCUGCAUGAAAAUGGCUAUGAAUUUCCAGUUGCUGUUUCUGGGUUCUCAGUGAAUUCUGGGCCAAAGGUAAAACAGUUGCAGUGAGAAAAAUUGCUGUGGCAGCCACGUACUGACAACUUCUCAGAUCCAUAAAGCCAUUCUGUCUGUUGUCUGACACUCUUCCAGUUUUCUUGGUAAAUCACCAUGUUCUUGAAUAUCUUGAUGGGUAUUGUCAGCGAAUGAGGAAAGGUGGACAUGCUCACCACCCAGGAAGGGUAGAAAUGUAGCAAGUAAUGAGUUAUCUUCUCCAGCAGUCAUUUACUUUUAGUGCUUAACUUUCAAUUAACAUUUGUAUCUUCAGUUAUUAUGUUAUCAUUCAGUAUCUUGAGGUGGUAUGAGCAAAAAUACAUGAAUAUAUAUAUUUUACAAGAAAUAUAGGCUUGUAUCGUGCCUUUGUAAUUCUCUUCAGCUUCAGUAUCUAUAAACUACAAGCAGACAAACUUCUUCCCUCUUUUGGGGUGUUCUUUACUACAUAGUAGCUGAUGGCUUCAUUAGUACUGGCUAUUUGAGUCUUCUGGGGCUAAGAUUUAUACUUCCCCAGUUGAAAAUGCCAUAGUGUUCUCACCAGACCUAAGUACAAUGACAUAUCACUGCAGUGCAUGCUGUCUCAGCUUCUUUCUACACGUGCUUGCAUGUUGGAAAUUUAGAAAUGCUGCUGUAUAAAUUGCUACAUUGCUUAUCCAAUACAGGUGUUUUUCUGCAUGCCUUUUUUGCUAAAAAAUCCCAUUAACUUGAAAGUUAAUGAUGGCUUGAAAGGGGGUUUUGGAAGCACAAAGGAUGCAGGGAGCGACUCUUCAGUAGUUUACAGUCUGCUGUAAAUUAAUGUCUUCUCAGCAAAGAAAUGUAGCAUUUUAGCAGUAACUUUUUAGUGAAAACACUGAGCGUGCUUAUCACUUGAGAUUUUAAGAAAAGUGUCAGACUGUGUAAUUGUAUCUCAUCUAAUUUUGACACUUAAUCAGUAAUAUUCAAUGAGGUAUGAACCUCAGUUUUAGCUACAUGUUCAUGAUAUACCAACCAACGCAGAACUGAAAGGUGAACAGCCAUGUUUUAGUAUCACAGCUACACGAGAAAUCACAGUUUUCAAGAGGUUCUGUUUUGAUUUUGUUUCUUUAUCAUUAAUACAUUUUCGCCGCGGAAGUAUUUUUCUAUAUAGUUACCUGAGGCUUCCUUUCACACCAAAAUAGUCUUUAGCCUUCUGCACUGUGAAAGGCAAGCCCUGUGGAGAAACAUGGGCUUUGUGCUUGCCCAGCAAAUUAGCAGAAAUUUCAUCCAAGCCAUAAAAGCCUCAUGUUAUUCUGUGUUUAUGUAAUUAAAGCAAUUACGGAUAGGAGCUUCAGGAAUAAAGAGGUCUCUCUAUCCUCCGUUUACUCUCUCUCUGUACUUCACAGGGAUGUUGGAGUUCUUUUUUCAAGGCUCAGCUGUGUCUCUAAACCAGUGCAGUCUAAGCGUUGUGUGAGAUUCAGUUUAUGGAGAUAGCUUUGGAGCAUGAAAGAUUUGAUUUGCUUUUGCUAGCAAGGAGUAACGCAUGUCCUUGUGGACACGGACACUUGCAAACAAGUCUGAUACCGAAAGUAAAAAAAAAUCAAGAUGGUACCAGUACAUCAGGCUCUAUACUACAGUGGGGUCUUUAGCUUUUCUCAUUUGUAUUUUUUUUUUUUUUGCAGGAGAGGAGUUGGGGGGAUAUUAGAUCACAUGGGGAAUUUUAGAUGUAUAUCACUCAACAAUCAUUUUAUAAAGUCUAACUUCAAAAUGCACUAUGAUUUAUUACAAAAAUAUAUUUUCUUCUGUUUGCUGACAUGGUUGUUCCAUUUUGUGAUAGGUUAAACUCAGCAGUUAAUUUGUUGCACUGCCUAGCUGCAUGAAUUCAUCCAGUGUACAUAUGUACCUGUGCAGCAUUACUUUGGGUUUUGUAUUUGAAUUUGCAGUAUUGAUUAUUAUUUUUGUAUUUUACUUUGCCUCUGUUAUUGGAAUUGUAGUAAACAUAAUUUAUACAUAUGAUUUUACAACUGUUUUGCAACUGAAAAGUCUUCUUUAAAUUGUAAAGUUUUAUUGAUGGAUACUCAUUAAAAUGGUAUAAGAAUUAUAUUAACAA